UUUGCGAAUUCUAAGAAGGAAGUCAUGGAGUUAGAUCAGUUUGACCCCGCAAUUGAUGAUAUCGUCAUGAGAUACUUCUACUCUGGAAAGAUAGAUCUGUCUCCCGAUACGGUAGUGGAUAUCUUCAAAAUGGCUAAUCUGUUAAAAAUGCAAAAGUUACAGAAUCUUUGCGUUGCCUUCAUGCAGAAUUCAGUGGAUUUGAAGAACUGCAUUCAGUUUUGGAAGUUAGCGGAUUCCCAUUGGCUGGGUGAAUUGCGAACCUUCCUUCAAUCAUUCAUUUCCAAAUCCUUGCAUGAGGUUAUGGAGGGACCCGAUUUUCUGCAGUUGGGCUUAGAGGAUAUAAUCCGUCUACUGUGCAAUAUCGAAGUGAAAUCAUCCGAACUACCCCGUCGCUAUGAGUUGAUUUUCUUAGCCUUAAUGCGGUGGAUAAGUCAUAAUGUAACCAAGCGGCAUGCGCACAUAGGGGAGCUACUGGAGUUAAUAACACCUCAGGGGAUCAGCGAAAAGUUUCUAGACGAGGUGGUUCUUAGGAAUACUUUAAUGCAGGACAAUCUUCCUGCAGUCGAGUGGUUGAUCGGUAAUUUCUACGGACUCGACGUUGAACCUCCCAACUUUCGGGUGUUCCGUAUGCCUCCUCUCGAUUUUAAUAUCGUAUAGCUGUCAUCAGGUGUUGGUUCAAGUCCACGGUCAGCUGGCUUCUUAUCCAUAAAAGUUAAUCUGAAUUUUAAUAUAACUGCUUCGUGCCCAUAGGGGGAGGAGGAAAAUGUUUGUAAUUGUUUAGGAAGUUCAUUGAGGAAUGCUAGCAACAUUCAUGGAGGUCCUAAUAGGUUGACAGUGAUUCUGAGAUCGCGACUUACUUUAAGA